AUUUCAUUUGGACCCACCCUUUAAGGGCAACUCGCAGAAUGGCUGGCGAGCCACGCUAAUAGCUUUCGCCAUAUUUCACAGCCAACGUUCCCAGGUUAUGCAUUACCGCGUAAUAUUCGCGCGAUUUCAGAGAAGUCGCAUUUUUAUGCAACACCGUGUGUGAUUUAUCCUCGUAACACGUAUUCCAAUAAAUGCUCUCAAUGUCGACUCGAUUAUUACGCGCUAAUUUCGGACAUUUGUUAUAAUAAUCGUGAAUUAUGUCACGGUCGUUUAAAACUGUUUGCCUUGUCGGUUGCCUUUAAUUAAGUUCCCGUGAAUUAAUUGCGUUGGUCGUCGAAACCAUCGGAAAAGCUAUAAUAUUUUCGCAAAUCGACUGGAAAUUAAUAUUGGUCACACUGGGGGAGGCAAACAUAGUUAAUUUUAAACAAAUUUGCAGGGGACGGACUUAAUUAAUGAAACGGCAAUCAAACUGGCCUUUGCAAGAGAAAUUAGUUAACCAUGAGUAUGACAAAGGUAAAUAAUAUUUUUGACCGACUUGGAAAAGAAGGUUACUCAAUUCGACGUGUAUAUAUUUUGUUUGUUUUUUUUUUUAAAUAUUCUAUAGAAAUAAUAAUAGUGGAGUUUUCUGAUUUGAAAUAUAAUUUAUCCCUGAGUACGUACCUGACACUGUUUUCUUAAAUUUGAAGAAUAGCUUCCUAGCUAUAUUUUUAAUAUUCUAAAAUGGCAGUAAUAGUAGAGCUUUCUAAUUUCAAAUAUAAUUUUUCCCUGAGUACAUACACAACAAAUUUGUAAAAUAGCCUCAUCGAUGAAUGAUUCAAGUCUCGGUAUAAAUUCGUGUAGAAUUUACGGAAAUCCGUUCGAGUAAGCAUCGAGCUGCCUUGUAUUCCAAAAAUGUAGGCUACGAUCGAUGUAUAAAUGAUUGCGCUCUCUGAAAUAGUCGAAAGCAUCACGUACAAGUUUCAUUCCAGGUAUGCUGCACUCGUCUUAAAGUAACCUUUCUAUAUUCAAGUAGGCCUGACUCAAUUAUACAUUGAAGGAUGUUGCUCACAUCGAAACACUGGAAAAAGAAUCCAGAAAAAUGAAUUUAAGUGUAAUAAAUUAUAACGAGUGUAGCAACUCUUCUCGUACGCAUCAUAUUUUUAGCAUCCCCUAUCUGUAGAUUUUUAAUUAAUUUAAUUACGAUUCUUAACACGCAGUGAGUCCAAACAUUUGCAAUGAAUUCUGUAAUAAUAAUUGCAAACGUGAGAUUUGAAUUUUUUUUCCUGUAAUUAUUAUUACAGAAUUAUUUUACCCUUCGAGUGCCAGAGGAUAUUUGCAUAGACAUCAGAGAAAUGCCAGACAAUUUCAAGUAAUGAUGAUUGCAAAUUUUUACACAAUACUAAAAAUAUGUUGGACUUCUUUCAUUAUAAAAAAAAAUAAAAAUAAAACGUUAUGGGUUUAACAAAGAAGUAGCGUUCUAAAAUAAAAUUCACGAAUCCCAAAGCAGCAUUCCAACGUGAAAACGUUCCCAACCCCUAAUUUAGACCUUUAGAAAAAUGUAAUGGAAGCAUAGAUGUCCAGGUGAAUCGAAAUAAGGGCUGCGGUUCCUGGACCGAAAGCAAAUGGGAGAGACAACGCGCAACAAUGACAGCGAAAACAAAGGACAACGAGGAAGCCUCGAAUUUGUACCGCUACGGACGCCUAUCGUAGUCGUCGAACCCACCACCCAGCCGCGCUGCCGUCGACCGAAUAAUAGGGUGAGUCGGGGGCGAAACAGGGAUGAUUCGGGCAGUAGCAUGCCGCCCUUGGUGCCGUGAACGUCGUGGAACGUCGCUCGUUACGGAAACGGAACGUCGACGGUGUCCCUUCUCUCGGCAAGAACACCUGCCACCCCUUGCGAGCCUACACGAGGAUCCAGGAAACAACGACACCGAAACCACCCCCUAAAAGGAACCGAGACGCGUCUAAUAAUUACACGGGCUAACUAAACAUGCGGACGAGGGGAACGUGAAGAGCGAAAAUAUGGUGGACAAAGAGGAAAUAACGACGACACCCUCGCCGGUGAAUAUCAACGAGGCGAUCGAGGGAGAGGUGUUGAAUCAAAAGACUGCUAGAAUACUUAAGAACGACCUUUUGCUACACGAGGCUGUGAUAAAAAACGAAGCGGAGACCGUUCGCAAAGUGCUCAAAGAGCCCGUCGACGUCGAUUCCAGGAACAACUAUGGCCGAGCGCCGAUCCACUGGGCAGCGUCAAGGGGAAACACGGAAAUCAUCGAAAUGCUGAUGCAAGCGAAAUGCGACAUCGAGGCCAGAGACAAGUUCGGCAUGCGCCCGUUGCACAUGGCUGCUUGGUAUGGGCACAGGGACGCCGUGAAGAUGUUAAUCAACGCUGGAGCAAAUGUGUCAGCCGUCAACAAGAAACAAUACACUCUUUUAAUGUGCGCCGCCCGCGGCAGCAACGUCGGCGUAGUCGAGUACCUCGCGGAGGCCGUGGAAUCGUUGAACGGCGAUGCAACCGAUUGCACCGGUGCAACUGCACUUCAUCACGCAGCUAGUGCCGGUCACCCGACUGUGAUAACAGCCCUCUCCAGCAUACCUAGGCUCGAGCUAAAUGUCACGGACAAGAAAGGUCAGACACCAAUACACUGUGCUUGCGCGGAGGAACACCUGGAAGCUGUGGAGAUUCUUAUAGGGCUAGGAGCAAACGUGGACGCACAGGACAACGAAGGAAACACCCCUCUUCACGUGGCUACCAGAACGAGGCACACGGCCAUAGCUCAAUUGUUACUAAAGGCUGAAGCUAAUACCGAGCUGACUGAUCAAAUGGGUUUCACUCCCCUUCACGUCGCCGCCAGUCAGGGUUGCAAAGGAAUACUAGACUCGAUGAUUCAGCACGGUGCAGCGCUCAAUAAGCAAUGCAAGUACGGAAACACGGCUCUACACUUAGCCUGUCAGAACAACGAAGUAGAAACGGUCGAGAUACUGAUUAACAAAGGGGUCGACCUGAACUGCUUGAACUUGAGACUACAGUCGCCGAUCCACAUCGCUGCAGAGAUGGGCCACACAGACAUAUGUGAGCUGUUGCUUGCAGCAGGUGCGAAUAUCGAGCAAAGAGAACAGAGCGGCAGGACGCCAUUGUACGUCGCAGCGAGAGGCAGUUUUACAGCCAUCGUGGAUAUGAUUAUUAAAACUGCCAGGCUAGACUACCCUGCACCGGAAGCUUCGACGUCCGAGAAGGAAAUUCGAGAUCUGACGCCCGCGAGAAGAAGAUGGCGAGAGGGAUCUAGGGGUGGAAGUAUCUCCAGCAAUAAUUGCGGGCUCCCAGAGCACAUUCGAUCGGUUCUAUGGAAGUUGGCGUACAAACACUUGGGUCCUGAAGAUUGGAAGAAGCUGGCUCUUCACUGGGCCUUCACGCACGAACAAAUUCGCGCGAUUGAGCACCAGUAUACUGCUCCUAUCGUAGGUCCUUCGAGCUACAAGGAGCACGGCUUCCGGAUGCUGAUGAUCUGGGCAUCGGGACUGAGUCCUGACAUCUCCAUAGCAAAGGAACUCUGCGACGCAUUGUCUGCGGUCGACAAAAAGGCCGCCGCGGAAUCGGUUCGCAAACAAUUGGAUCAAGAGAAGGAGGGCAAAGCGAAGUCGAACAAGCAGCGCUGUCACAAAUGCUCCAUCGCUUAAAUGCAACGAUUUUAAUACUCCGCCUGCGAUAGGAAAACAGGUGAAAAACUGUAAGACUAUCAAGGAACUCAAAUCGAUCGCUGUAGUCGGAAAUAAUUGUCGGGGUUCUAGCGACGCUCGUGUUGUGACGUAUGUAUCCGUAUAGUCGCCGAUCUUACCUUUUUUACAGUACGACGUUUCGAUAUGAACUCGCGGUUUCAUAGUGAGAUUAUUGUGUAUAGAUACGAAGAGAAUCAACGAAACGUGUUACACGAGUCAACGAAAGCAUUCGAUGUGAGAACUCUCGAAUCGCGGGGCAAAUAAGAUAAAAAAAUAUCACGCGAACGUAUAAAUUUUACAAUCGCGACGUUUCGCGUGGAUUAGAAACGCGUUUGUACAUAUUUUUGGAAAAGUGCCAUCGUCUCUCGACCUGCCUCGAAACAUUUAUUUCGAUUGGUUUUCGUUCUGGUUUCGUAUGGACAAAAUUCGCGUCUAGUUUCCAAUAACGAAUACAAAAUAAAUUGUUUCUAUCAACACAUUCGCUUUGGACACGUAUACGCAUUAAUAGAUUUUCAUAUAAUAAGAUCGUGGAGUUAAUUCGAAAUUCAGCAAUGUUUGCAACAAAACAAGCCGUCCUGUCUCGUUUCAUUCUUGGCCAAAAUCGAACGUACUCUUCGAAGAUCACGAUUCUGUUCGUCGAUAGUCGCGCGAAACCAGGUAUCUGUAAUUAGAAACGUGAAAUACGUACCUUGGAGUAUGAGCGGGCGAUGCGAAGCCGGGCUUUCGAUGUGAUAAAAGAAAGAA